CGCGCGCAAAUGCAAAUUGUUGAAAUAAUUUUAGGUAGUAGUAACGUAAAAAAUAAAAAUAAAAAUUAACGAAUCAUACAAUAAUGUAAAUUGAUGGCAUAAAGUGACAAAAAAAUAAGUAUUUUUUCAAAUAUGAAUAACAUCAAAACAAAUAUGUAUGCCCGACUUUGUCAGUUAAAAGUGGCAGCUUAAAGCUCGGCUUAUGUAAAUUUAUAACCGAAUAAUACCUAAACAUGUUAGCAUUUAUAUAUGUAGAUUCGUAUGUACAAGUGUAGCGUGCCGGGCUAUCGUUUUGUGCGGUUGAGUGUUUCGAUUCCGUUGCCGGUGCAUAGUUAAUUUUGCACAGAGUGAAAGAGUUAAAAGUUACGGGCUUUUAAUUCCUACAAUAAAGCCCAAAUUCAAGUGCAGAACGUAGCUAUGAAAAGAGUGUAAACUGUAAGAAAAUUUACACAUACACACACAAUCAUGCGCGGUCGCUCGCAUACAUAACGAUCAUUCAGUAUUGCUUCUUCGUUUUGCGGGACGUGUUGCGCUUUAGCUUACCUGAGUGCAGGAGUGAGAGCGCGAUAGCGUCUGCUUGUGUUAGUGCGUGUGUUAAAGCAAAGCAAACGAGAGAGCGACCGAACGAGAGGAGUGAAUUCAAGCUUUUAAGUUAAAGUUCUUUAGCUUGCGUCGGCGUAGCAUUGGCAGCGACAUCAACAGCAACAACAGUCACAACAAUAACAGCAACAACAUCAACAGGUUAGACUUGUCUACAGCAGCUGGCACUUGGAUACCCUGGAUCUCAGUCUUUAGCGGGCAUACACUAGCAAGGCAUCGUCAGUCGUUAUGCUGUACAGCAAAAUAUGGCCACAUCGACACUUUAUGUUGCUGGGGUGACCUGCUUGGGGUUUGUGUGCUUCGCUUUGGCCUCUGUCGCCAUUGGCAUACCCAUUUGGGGUUACUACGACAGUCCAUCUGGUGGCUACGACUAUGAUCGCGGCUAUUUCGGCCCCUUCAAAGUGUGCAAGCAACUCACUUACAAUCGCGAGAAAUGCGGCAACGAUGUCUCCAAGUUCCGGCUGAGCAAUGCGGUAUUUAUCAGCGGACUCUUGGCAGUGUUCAGCUGUGCUGUGCUGGGCAUCUUCUGCAUUCUGUCGGUGAUUCAGCACGCGAUGAUCUCGUCGCGUGACAAGGUUGUCAUGUCCUACACAUCACUGGUCAUUGUCAAACUGAUAUUGGCCUUGCUGGGCGGUUUAUUGGCUAUAAUAGCCACAGUGCUCUUUGCACUACAGAUCGAUGAGCAGGAGCGUUUCGGUUUCAAGAUAUCGCGUGGCAUAUCCUUCUACAUACAGAUAGUCGUGAUUGUAUUAUCCAUUGCGCUGUUUGUGGCCGCCUUGUAUGAUGUCAUCUUCUCGCGCACCCCUGGUGGCGAUCCCACAAUGGCGCUGGACGCUUCUUCGCCGGCUAGUGCCACCACCUUCAACAAUCCGGGCUUCAAGGAGCCGCGCAAUCGCAACGGCGUCUCGAUGACCGAUGCCUCGGGCAAGCCAUACAGCGGCAUCAGAAACGGGGCUGGAACCGCUGGCAGUGUGGCUUCAAUGAGCACGACUGUGACGAGCGUUUCGAACGGCUCCACGCUGGACUCGGUGACUCGUUCGCCGUUGCGCUCGAGCUUGAAGAAGCCACGACCCAGGCCCGAUCCCACGCUGGGCAUACAAAAUCCAGGAUAUUCUGGAUCGGGCAACUCUCCGCCAAUGCGACGCAACGGAAGCGUGAAGAAAGUUCGCAUUCAGACGCACAGCACGGAGGUUUAGUGAGAACGGUGGAACCCAAAGCC